ACAACAAUUUGUUUUCAUCAGUUAACUGACGAUUGCUCCCAAUUUCGCCAUUUCUUCUGUGCGACCAUUACAGCAGCUCGUCACCCACAACGACAAGAAAGCAAAAAGGACUUUACAACCGUGAUAAAUUGAUGCUUGUUUGGUCCUGAAAAAAAUCUAGAUUUUAUCGGCAUUGGCUGCUCUUGGUUCGAGCAUGUCGUCGUCACCAGAUGAACACGUGAGACACCUACAAGCCGCUUCAACAAAUGGGGGUGAAGAGGCUGGUGGGGGAGUUGGUGAAGACGUCCAAUUCGACGAAGCAUCGGGCAAGGAUGGAUUUGCCAUUCAUUCAGACAUAAAACAGGUCCGUGUCCAUCCUAGCCAUGAACUUGCUGGAGAUUCUUCUCCCUUCCAUUUUAAUACGAUUGUUGAUUACACUUGGGAGACCCAAUAUUCACAUGGACGACUCAUUGCGACGCACAUUUCGUCCUUGUUUAUUGCCUAUGUUGUGAAGGUGAGCAAUGCUGGAGCUGUUCGGGUGAUCGAUAUGGAGUCAAAGGAGAGAGUUUUGAUGAAGGGAGACAAGGGGUUGAUCAAAGAUGUCGACUUUCUUCACAAAUUGGAUGAUGUCAUACUCGCCUUUAUUGAUGAGUAUGGAACUUUCUACAUAAAUAAAAUUAUUAAAGAACUCAAGACUGGCAAACUAACAGCUCAUCCCGUUAUCAAAGUGACGCUAGACGGUUCUCCUGUCCGGUUGGAGCAUCGACGGUUUAUUUGGUGUAAAUAUGUUCCGGAUGAGUUAAAAGAGGUUGCCUCACCGAAAGAUUGCGCAUAUCAUUAUGCUGUUCUUCAGAAUGAUACCAUAUAUGCUGGGAAUUUAGUUCAAUUAGUUCAGAAUCAGGGAGAAGGUCCACAUCAAUUUAAUGAGAUUAGAGACGAAUUUCUACAAAUUGAUACUCAUUCUGGAGCAGUAACAGAUGCCUCAUUUGCACCAGAUGGGACUGCACUCGCGACUGCUAGCAAGGACGGAACCGUCAAAUUUUUUCAAAUAUAUUUCCAAGAACGGGCUCCAGCACGAUGUCUCUACUCUUGGGCUCCACAUGAUGGGCGACCAGUCGACAAAAUCUUCUUUCUGGACAACCACACCUUGAGCAAAGACAAUGUCUCCGAGUAUGAAGGCGACACAUCUCAGUACUGGAAAUUUAUGAUAACAGCUGCGGAUAACUGUUCAGAACUAAAGCUUUUUACCUGCAAAUCUUGGGAAUGUCUUCAAACGCUGAAAUUCACUACACCUAAAACGUCACAGUGGAAGCUGGAACUUAAUCUCACGGCGAGAUAUUUGAUGGCGACAGAUAUUCACAAAAAGGCCAUGUAUCUUCUCCACUUGGACUGCACCGAACACAAAGCUAGGUUUGACUGGGUCCAGGAAUUCUCCAUGCCCUGGAACACUAUUGGCUUCAAUCUCAGUUCUGCAAGCAGAAUACAGUUUGGCGACGCAGUGGCAAAGGGAUACGGACCAGCAAUAAUGGGAGAUCAUGGUUCUUACAGUAAGGAAGAUGUGUUGAAUCUAGUGGAAAUAAAUGUGGUUCAACCUCGAUCCAUGCAACAGGGCUCUGUAGCUCUAAAAUCGCCAAAAAUAUUUACUCGAAGUCGUUCAAAUGGAGCACGACGAAUUUCUUUUAAUAGAAGUAUCGACUUGAGAGAGUUUGUAGAUCCUGACAAGUCGCAAUCUCCACAAAAUCUCUCACACCAAGAAGGAACUAGAAGUGUGCGUAACGUUCUCACCGCCAGCUCGGGUGGGAUGGUUCCUAUCCGUGCCACUUCAUUGGAAGCAGACCAUCAUAAUCAUCGGCGACAUCAACCACCUUCCCCAACAUCAUCAAACCACAGUAUCGGUUCGUCUUCCCAUUCCACUAAGCAACGUCGCUCCACGUCCUCCCUAUCUCCAAACAACGUACCACGAGAAGUGCCCUCGGCGGCAGAGAUGACUGAACAGUUGAGUUCACUGAUGGGCGUGUCUCCGGCGGCACCUCCAGUACCAGUCUCUGCCAAGACUAGUUCUUCGUCACGAACAAAAAGUCCAAGCCCAAGACCAGUCCAGUCGUUUGUAAGCGGGAGGGAAGGACAUACUAACGGCAGUGCCAGUAAAACUUCAACGUCUUCAAGUCCUAGUCGAGAAGUAGAAGAAAUUCUGAGUCCUAAGAGUACACAAAAUUUUGGAGGAGUUGGUUCAAAUAUUGGAUUUGACGAUCCAUUGAGUGUCCUAAAUGCUACAUUAUCAUUGGACCCAACUUUUGAGAAUGGGAACAUAAUGUCCUCGGUUGCUGGGUACCAGCAGCUUUUGGGGUCUUCAGACCGCAAAAGCCCACAAAAGACAAAGAGUGCAACCAACACGGACUUUCAGGGCAACCACCUUGUGUUGGAGAAGAUCAAUAGUUUGACUGCCUUAGUUUGUGCUCAAGCGGAUCAAAUUCAGGGGAUGAAACAAGAAAUGAAUCGUCUUACAGUGAUGCAACUACAGAAAAAUACUCAAGAGUCGGAUCUACUUACUCGAGUCAUUGAAAAUCACGCAAAGCUAACUCAGAGUCAGUUUGUCAGAAUUGAAGAAAUGAUACGCAGUUUAGAAAGCUCGGAAAAGCACCACACAUCGCAAGCUGUAAUUCCUCCCAACUUGGCCGAACUAUUGGCCUCAAGCAUUGGGAAGAUUGUCAAGACAGAAUUGGACGUCGUCGUUCCUGCCACGUUGUCCACCGUUUUUGAUCCCGCCAAAUUGAACGUGGUGACACAAAUUGACCGCCUGACAAACGUGGUGGAGGCGAAAUUAGCACAGAAUAUUAAUCAGAUUAUGCAACGAGACAGAAUAUGGCAGACGUUAACUAAUAAUUUCCAAUCUAUUACGAAAAACGUGUUCGACUCGACUUUCAACGAUAUCUUCAUGAACUCUGUAUUUCCUCGGUGUCAGACCGCCGUGCAAGAAAUGUUGACUCAAGUCAACGAGACAUUUAGGAAUGGAACCAGAGAAUACUUGACUGGACUCGAGGGUGUUUUGGAGAGGGAACGAAGACGUGAGAAUGUUCAGGAGCUCAUUACUCAACAAAUAUCAUCAAUGCAGGAUGCUCUGAGCAGCACACUACAGGUGGAAAUUGAGGCCCAAAUGGUUCGAGUUCUGGGAGGAAUUCAAGGUGGCGUUGUUCGCCAGAUUGAAGAUUCCAUGACACGAGAACUCAGCCGUAGUUUUCAAGAGCAGCAACGAUUCCUAGAACUUUCCGUUGGGCCCCGGUCUGUCACCCCUGCCGUCUCCAUUUGCGAGAGUUUGGGUGGAAUGCCAGUUUCCGACGCUCGUGCCAACAAGAGACGAGUUAUGGAAAUGGCGAGGAAUGGAGAUGUUCGAGGAGCUUUCACUCUGGCCUCAAGCCUCGGGGAUGCUGAUACUUUAAUGCAACUCUGUAAAAGUUAUAAUGCUGCCGUUCUCCCAGAGUUGAAUCUCUCCUCUUCGGUUCAUCUAUCGAUCAUGCAACUUCUAGCUUCGGAUAUUUUAGAGGAUACUGAAGUAAAAAUUGACUACCUAAAUAUGAGCAUAAUGUGUCUUGACAUGAGCGAAUCCAAGAAUAUAAAGGGCGUCACCCGACUCAUCCCUGUAUACCAAGCCGCCGUGACCAAGUUUGAAGACAGAAAUUUAAACAGCAGCUUAUUACCGAGGAUCAAGAUUCUGCAAAUGGCGUUUGGUAAAGCUCCCCAACAAAUAAAAUCCAGCUCGUCGCAAUCCUCUCUCGCCUCUCAUUCCUUCUCCCAAUUUCAACAAUAAUAAUGACGAUGAAUUGUAACAAGUGACUCGCACAAUGAAUUAAUUAAUUCACAAAAAGGCACAAGAGCAUGUGUUUCUGUCGGUUUAUUUUAUAAAAAUAAAUAUUGCUAAUACCAUUUUAAAUAACCAGACUUUAUAUACAUUCAAGACAACCACAUAUAUCUGUCGGAGGAAAAUGUGAAGGUAUUUCUCGUCCUUCUAUCUUUGUUUUUAUCAUAGCAUUUUAGGUAUUGCCUGUUUAUGUACGACCACCAACAGAAAUGACAAUAUUAUGUUUUAUUAAGUUUAUUUUAAACACAAUUUCAUUUGUAAUGAGGUUGAUUUGAAGUUUGGAAAAUGUCCUUCAUACUGGGUUGUAAUUAGUGAUUGUGAUACAACAAAAUGAGUGAAUCAUUGCAAAUUAUUUGAACUAUAACUUUCUUCAUUAUUGUCACAAUGUGCAGUGUCUUUUGUUCGUGAUUUAAUAAAUAAAUUACUGCGAUUGUA